AUGGAAUCAGACACUAUAGAUGACAGCGCUGAUUGGCUCCUUGCAAGGUCGUUAGGCCUGUUCGAUACUGCUAAUUCCCUGAUCGUCCCUGAAGACGGUCUGCCAGAUGCGUCGGACACUCCAGCUGCUCCUCUCACUAUUACUACCUCUGAAUUAUCUUCAUCUUCUCUUCCUUCUCCCCCGACUGAUCGCGUAUUUUCCAAUGAGAGAGAUGCCAUGACCUUCAUCAACAGAUUUACAAAAGAACAUGGCUAUGCGCUGACUACAAAGAAUUCUAAGCGUGCUCGAAAGACAACGAGAUUACAGCACGUUAUCUACAAUGCAAUCGUGGCGGAAAUUAUCGAGUUAGAAUCAAUGAAGCAAAGCGUUCCCGGCAGUGCAGUACUCGUCUAA